GACUAGUUUCAUGACAUUGUUGCUUGUGAUGUGCCACACGCGAGCAACACCGCUGACACACCUUUUUGUCCUGGCAUUGACCAGACAGAUUCAAAACUACUUCUUGCAGUUAUAGAUAGCUUAGACUCAUAGUGAUCCUGUCUUCAGCGCCGUGCACGCGAAAUAUUCGCUUCCCGUGUUACGUGAGAGCGGCAACAAUCUGUUGAAACUGGCUCACGCAAAAAGUCAGCAGCAUGUGGAAGAGUUGUUCUCUCGCAAGCAGUGUACCAGAAGCAAAAGCAGUAAAUGGUGGGAUUAAUACCACUCUGUCAGACGAAAUCUCCCAAAAGUUUUGUUUUUCCUUGUCGGUUCUGAAGUAACAGUCACCUUUGGGUCAUUGAAGGACAGCCUCUCUGACAGAUGUUCCCCGUUGACACAACAGGAUCCACAGGGAUGUGCCGAUCCGUCCCGCAGAGACCCGGUGCGAUUCUCGCAAGCACAGUGCACACAGCAAGUGCAGGUGACACUGGCAACGGUUCGUUUACAGUACGUCGACUCUAGCGCACGUUUGCAUCAUCUUUACAACGAUUCGCCUGAGGGCCCCUGUGUACCCCUCUAGCUCAAGAGCUGCUACCUUUGAUGAGCUUUCAGUUGAGAACGAAUUCACAACGCUGACUCCAGAGCUGAAGGACAGCGGGGACGCGCUGAGUUUACUUUACUGAAGAAGCGCCACAGAAGCCUUUGUUCGCAGGUUUGGAACCCAGACACAAGUGCGGCGUCGACGCUUCAAGUUCUUGAGGAAAAACUGUCAUCGCUGCAGUGACCAAGAAACUUCCUAGUAACAGGACGUUUUCGCUUGUGUUACAGCUCCAUCUACUUCCAGUGGUUCUGCAUUUCGUGGUAUGGGACGUCUGUUGCCCUGAACAAUACAUACGGCCACUACGGGGCGGAGGGCCUACUCAAGUUCGUAUACUUGCAUUUGAAACGGUGACAGAAGGUCGCCCCACUCUGCGCACCUCGACCUGCAGGAGUUCCCCCGUGAAGAAAAUCAACGCACUGAAUGUUUUUUUCAGUUACUCGCGGUAGAACCAUCUAGUGCGGAACACGAGUGAGGACCUGCGGGACCUUGCACGCGUCAGCCACGCGGAAUGGCUGCCACUGAACACUCCCGGGUUUGGCCAGCCAAGCAGGGCACGGAGAACGAAUGAAUCUUUCCCUGGAAAGCACGUCUCCCACUUCAUCUGUGUGAGAGCAACUGUUAUAGUUUUUUCUUCCUGUAUGUUCAAGAACUGCCCUCAACCUGUCGGCCCGAAUAUUUUCUAGAGCUUCGCCAUUGCCUUUUCCCCGUCGCACCGCCGUCCAGCGUCGACUUGGCAAGCUAACGCGCGUCGAGCGACUAUGUCUUUUCGAUGAGAGGCUUGAGGUCAGCGGCCAGUAUGUGUGUCUUACUUUAGGCUGUUGCCGGCUUAUUUUUUCGGAGAACUGGGCUUCCAGACCACCCUGGAUACCUUUUUGAAAGAGAAACACUUCUUCAAGGGAUUUUGUGAGGAAGCUUCUGGACAGUUGGAUGAACAGUGGUUCCGCGGUAGCCUGGCGGUCUUCGCAUAUGCCUGAUAUUUGCCAGCUGGCGAGGCUCUUGGAAGCCGCGGAAAGAAACGAAUUUGAGAAUGGGGAUUUUCCCACCCAUUAUUUCUCGGUAAUUGUUCUUUUCCAACCCGCGGUCUGAGAGAAGUUCGUGCGUGUCCCCGUCCUCCAAGCGGGACUGGCGCAAGCGUCUUCUCCGUUGACUUCUGUGCAAAGCAACCUCAGAACGCAGCGUGGACUGCCUCUGCCCAAACACUAUCCCGAGGCAGCUGCUUCAGCCUCAGAAGAACUUGUUGACGCCGUCAAGCCCUUUCUUCAGCUUUUUUGACGCACAACUGCGGUCAAGAGCUUGGUGGGAAACCUGUGUAAUCUGCGACGGAAUUAGGGUCUCCUGCCAGUCCCGUCGGCUCAUUCUGCCUGGCACACGACCAGGAAGUUCAUCAUCUGGGAAUUGAGCUUUCCUUCCAAACAGGGCAAUUCUCGGUGAGGUUGUCAGUUUUUCACCUGGUCGACUGCGCCGUCGGUUACCCUGGACCCGGGAUCAACACUGUGGUAUUGAGCAACACAGUCCGUAUAAUCAGGACGCUGAACUAGGGGAGUACGCCGGAGGCAUUUCAGUUCCCACACUUUCCAUCAUGAAUCAGAGCACCAUUGUUGCGACGUCUGUGGUCGCUCCGCAGAGCGCAGUCUCACUUUCGAGGGCCCCUAGCCGACCAGGGCCUAGCGAGAGUUUCGGUAAACAGCAAGAAAGUCGUCCAGGUGUUUCGGGUGCUGGCCUCGCUGAAAGCAAACGCGUGCCCAGCCUUACUCAGCCGUCUCUGGAACGGUCCGUAACCAUAUCACGACGCAAAAUUGAUGCGGUGGGCAUGUCACUCGUGCCGAAGUUAGACAGGACAACGACUUCUCUUGCAGCGAAGGAGGAGAAAUUCAGUUCUAUCGACAAGAUAGUCUCAAAGCCAACCCAUUCUUUUGGGGAGAGUUCCAAAUUACCAGCGGGUAUAAUGAAAACGAAAUCAAUGUUUCCGUCACAAACCCUUUCCGCACCGUGGAACGCUCCUGCUCGUUGCGCUCGGAAAGACGACUUCGGGACGAAGGCCUGGAUCGAAAAACUGCAAAGAGAAACCACAGACACCUCGCAGCCUCCACUUGAGCGUCAAAAGUCGCAGCGCCUCGCGCAAACCGAGCCUGUGCAGAAACUCAAGACAUCCUGGUUGGAGCCUCCUCAAGAGGUCGAAAGUGGACAUGGAGUCGCUGAAGGCGACGAUCUCAGCGUUGCAGCAGCCGAGUAUCACGUCCCAGAAACGGAAGAUGGAAAACUCAGCUUCAAACCUAGCGACCCCCGCGUGUGGAAUCGCGAGUGGAUCCACCGAAGGAUACAUAACCCCGUCCUCAGUCGCUCGAACCGGGAGCGAUGCGCCUUCACACAAUCCAACGACUGGCUCGUCUUCGCACUGCACCACCAAUACGUUCGACCGCUGCGGUCAACAGACUGGUUGCCAGGUGAAGCAUGCAUUAGUCAACGAGACUCUUUCCAGCUACCGCCUGGAGCAGCCAAGUAUACGUCGAGUUCGUUGGCGAUCCCGCAAACUUCAUGGGAACCCUUCAUCUUCCCCAACCCUCCUCGUCCAUUUCUGCUCCGGAACAAGACUUUUAACUCCUCGGCUAGGACCUGGAUCCCGUCAAGAAAGGUGAAGGCAGGGUUGGUGGGGGGAGGCACCGAACACGCCUGCAACCUUACCCAGCACGAAUGGCUUGAUCUGGAAAGAAUGCUCUGGUUCGAUUCCGAGCCUCGUCUGGAACAGCCCUAUCGCCUCUACGCCGACUCUAAAACGUGCAUUAAGGGUUCCGUGCUGGACAUUGGCCACAUGAUGCGGAUCGGCUGGUAACAGGAACAAAGUUUUCUAAUCGAUUUUUUGCCAUGCUUUAGUCUACUUGAGCUCCACAUCUCAGUGAACCACUACACUAGGUGCCGUCUGUGGCUGGCGCUUCUGGCAACGAAGGAUUGUCUUAGUCUUCGAGAAUCUCUAACCUUCAAUUGUUUCAUAUGUUGUUAAAACCCAUUCCUUUUGUGUUUCGGAUUCGCGUUUUUCCGACUGUUCAACGGAGUGCAACCUCCCGCGUAACUUGGCAUGCAGUGUGCAGACAUUCGGCCUGUGCACGUUUUUGUCGCAAUCUUGAUUCACUUGUUUUCGAACUGCAAACGUUCAUCAUGAGCUACGUAACGAAAUGAGUGGCAUGUGGCGGCCUAACGAUUUGAUUCCGUCUGCAAACUACGGCUGUUCAAAUGAGCGAAAAAACUGAUGGCGUGACUGGCGCGUCAAAAAAGCUGUUCCCUGUCCAGACUUGAAACUCGGUUGCCAAGAACUCAGCCACCUGCGAUCGAGGUCCAAUCGAAAAAAACCAGCUG